GGCAUCCCAGAUAAAUCUCGCUGAGCUGCGUAACGGAUGUUUGGUGUCCAGCGACUCCUCGUCCGUUUGCACAGUAAACUGUUGUUACUGUGUCAAAAUACACGACGUGUUGCAAGAUAAUGUCGGUAAGUGCGAUUUAUCAACGACAAAUAAGAUUAAUCUGAGGGCAGUGUUGUAUUAAGAGCGUAAACCCAAUCGUCUUGGUCCUUUAGAAAUAUUUUUUGUCAAAGAUGGCGGUUAGCCUAAGUUAGCUUAGCGAGCUAACUCUAAUGGAGUAUGAAUGACCAACGUCCUCUGAUACAGCUAAAGUGGUCAGCAUACAGGCCAGUUCUCAUUUGUUAUGUUUGACCGACCUUUUUCUACUUAUCUAGAUCAUAUAAGUGAGAUAGUUAGUGGUCGAACCGGUCAGCAUUGUCAUGACGCGACGUGUUUUGAAUCAGCAAUGAGAGAGUCUGAUCUGUGCAAAGAUGGCCUGGGAGAUGGAUCUUAUUUUUGGACUGUGCUGGAGUGAGCUAAAGGGUUUUACCUUUUAAAACGUUGUCGAAACCUGCCAUAUCAUUUUCAUCAUAGCAGUUACUUUUAAGAUCUGCAAAAGGGCAAAUGUAAAACUGAUUAGAAGAUACCAAAAUAAAGCGACCAGAUACCACUGUACGUCACCAUUUCGUUGAGUUUUUGGCGUUAAAGUACUAACUUAUUAUUAAAAUAUCACUUCAGGGCAGUGCAAAUGUUGCUCUGCACAUUUAAGGUUGACGAGUAAAUAGCAGUUGUUAGGUCAGUGUAGGACGAACUGAUAAUCCAGUAGAACAGGUUGAGUAAUAUUACACCAAUUUAGUUCACUUUGUCGCCCAACUAACCUAUUUCAGCAUAAACAUCUGGUUUAGUAUCAAGAAUAAAUAGGCAUGAUAUUGAAAAGUCACGUUAUGAAAUGGUGCUGAUCAUCAUUAACAGUGUUGGUCUCAUUUACAGUAGAAGAAGAACACAGAUUAAUCAGUUACCCAAUGUAAUGUAUUGUAGUAUUUUUUUGAUUAAAUAUACAUACAGUGCAAAAGGAGUAGGUUGAAGCUAUUUAGCUUCUAUGUACCUACUCUCAUUUCUUCCUAUUUGUUUAACUUUUACAUGUCUUUAGAAUUUCUGAUGUUGCUAAGAAAUUACCAAAGCUCUAAAGUCUUGCACGAAUGUGUAACUAAUCAUUAAUACUAAAGCAAAGACCUUAUACAUCCGUACCUAUAUACACAUAUCUACACAUAAGUUUGUUAAAACAAAAAUCACUUUUGGAUGUAUUUUUCAAUCAUACUCUGCUUUAAUUUACUUUUAAACUGUGCUAUAGUUUUGCUUUGUUUAAGAUCACUGGGCAAGUAAUAUAGUAAAGCGAUUGAUGGCAUUUUGAGAUAAUCGCCUGAAGCUUAUUAGAAACACGAGCUAAAAUAAAUGGUGGGACUGGGACAUUUAUCCAGAACUUUCUUGUUGUCAUUCUUAAUGAGCCAAUACCAGGGGCAGCUAAUUAUUAUACAUCUUAAAUCAGUUUCAGCAGAUUUUUUUCCCCUUAGUUUUAAGUACUUAACUGUGUAGUCUGUCAAAUAAAAAUGCAAACCAUGGCAUGAUACUGGGUUUCAGCCAAUCUGCUCUCUAUAUGUUGGCACUGGACGUUGUGAGACCACUAUCAGUGGACCUGUAGCAUCAACAGUUUCUUACAAGGUUAUAAGGCUUAUACAUGCCCUUGAGAGGAAUUCAAACUAGUCUAUUAGCAAUAAGUGAGCACACUAUAUUGCACAGAUUUGCAAUCAAUGUUUUUUUCCCAUUUUUAUAUUAAUUUCUUUUAGGCGAGUGACAAUGACUCUGUCGAAUUGACCAGAACAGGCUCCCCAGUUCAUCCCAGAAAAAAACACAGCAUGGAGUCAUCGAGAUCUCCAAGAACCUCUAAACACCACCAUUCACGAUCAAGGUCACGCUCCAGGGACAGAAAACGUAAGUUUACUAAACAUUCAGUUCACAUAGAAAAAUAAUACAUCAAUACUCACCAGAUGUAUCUAUUGAAAUGUUUUAUUUUGAUGUUGUUCUUGAUUUUUAUUCGCAGUCAUGUGCACCCAUAGUCUAAUGGACAGCUCUUUGCUUUCUCUUGGUUUCAGGUGACAGGAAAUACAGAAGGAGUCGUAGCAGGAGCAAAGAGGUAAUUAAUACUUUAUUUCUAUGAUUAGAAACAGAUAUGUUAUGAUUUUGAGGGUCUUAAGUUGUAUUUCUUAUUGAUUUUGGUCAAGGUGAGUAUGUUUUGUUAGUUUGCAAAAGCUACUAUAAGCAGAGUUAAAACAAAAGACAUAGAUGAGCUUGCUUCAAUGGAAGGGCCCUUUUUACCCUCCCAAAGUUGACAUGUCUCAUUCUAUAUGUGUCAUUGUUUGUUGCCACAUUAAAUGGUGAAGAGUAGAUUUCUUUAUUUUAUUUUUUUAUUAAAUCCUGUGUGUAGAUCACAUGAUAACAUUUCUACAAUAAAUCAUACUCAGCGUGCUAAUGCACGAAGAGACUGAACAGAAGACCCUGCUGACAUAGCAAAAUAAUAUGUCUACUACUGGGACAGGUAACUAUCUGCCAUUUAAACUCUGUAUGUCUCACACUUUCAGUAGAAACAUUUUGAUUUACCCUUGCAUCUCUUUCAGCUAGGGAUGGGCAUAGUUAAACUAACUGAAGUUUGAAUCCAAACAUAAACUCAUUUAGAUUUAAAGGUAUUUAAAGCCAGACCAAUUUUUCGGUCUUAAAAUUGAUAUCUGACAUUUGACUAACGACGACGUCUCCUGCAAUUAUGAUACUAUCGUAUUUAAACUUGAGUGGUUACUUGGUGAAAUUAACCACAGGAAAGUACACAGGUGGAAAUUUCUGAUGAAGAAAUACAUAAUUGUCAAAUGAUUAACAUGGUUUCUGCGGAUUGGAUGACAUGAUUUGUGGAAAUGUAAAAGCGGGUCAGAUGCCCAUCCCUAAUUUAACUUCAGUGGUUUCAGGUUCAAAGCAUUUACUAUAAACUGACGAUACUGCUAGAUUGCCAGUUUUUCACAAGUAGCUCUUCAUUUCUUAAGGUUUGCAUGCACACAGUUCAGCAACGAGAGGUUCAAACAUGCAGGUUUGAUUAAUUCUUACAUUAAUAUUGUAAUUUGUGUAAACCAACGAAUCAGAAAGUGGCCACUCUCGCAAUCAUGGUCUCAGAAUUGCCUUCUAGAAAUGUUACACAAUGUUAAGUGAAUUUGAAAUGACAAGGAUUUUUUCAGCCUUUCAGAAUUUGUUACAUACCUUCUGCCAUAAGCCAUGGUACUAACUCUUUUUGUUGCACUAUUUUCCUGAAAGAGACAACUUCUUCUUAAAACAGGCACGAAAGAGGGACUCAGAGAAGCCAUCAAAAUCACACAGAAAAACAGAUGAGCAGCAAGAGCCAGAGAGACUGUCGGUAGAGAAUGGAGAGGAGCGGUCCAGGCGCAAAGACAGGAAGGCUUCAAAAGGCCGGAGCCUGUCCAGGUCACACUCCAGAGAGAGGUUUGUAAGAUGAACAAACACUGUAUGUUUCUUCAUUUAUUAAAAAUAGUAUUUAUUGCUAAAGUCAGUUGAUCUUAAUGCUUUCAGGCGGCAUCACAGCAGAAGUAGAGACAAGCGGCGAUCACGAUCACGCAGCAGGGACAAGAAGAAGAAGGCCAGGUCUCGCUCAGGUUCUAGGUCCAAACAUCGUCAUCAUAGCAGAAGUCGCAGUAAAAGCAGGUGGGUUGGAUGUACAGGGUUAACUUUUCUCGUAGAAAUGAAGUGAUGAUAAGUUUUUCUUGUGCAUAAAUGAAACUAUUUCUACGUUUAAUUUACAGUAUUUUGUCUCCUUUAUUUUUCCACCAGGGAGCGAAAGAAAAGGAGUGAGAAAGUACGCAAAAGGAGUCGCAGCAGGUCUGUUAACACUCCUGCAUUUCGAGGUCGAAACACGGCAAUGGAUGCACAAGAGGCCCUGGCCAGAAGGCAAGGCAACAGCUUACAGGGAAUUUAUAAAACACUGUGCUGUACAAAAAACUAUUAGAGAAGCAAAAUCUUAAUAUUUCAUUCAUUUUGGUGGAUCUGAAAAUAAUUUUAGAUCACCAGAUGAAUUUAAAAAUGUAUUUCUUUCUUUUUUUUUAAUUCGUGUUUGAACCACCCAAAGUUUUAGGCAAGCUGCAGUAAGUAAACAACCAAAGAGCAGUUCAACAACCAAAGCUACACCUACAUAUAGACCAAACAGCCUGUGUGAAGCAGGCUAACACUUAGUUUUUCGAGGAGAAAUAUUAAAUAUUUUAGACUGGCCAGGUCUCUUUUCUCACACAGAAAAUAAAAUUCAGUAGCUCAAGAAGGGGCUGAAGUAAGGAAGCUGCAGUGAGCCUGUAAAAGCAAAAUAAUAAAUGUUUGGUGACUGUGUAGAGAGAGAGUAUUUUGUGUAAAGAACAUCCCUUUAGUUAUUUUGUAUCCUAAUCUGUCACCAUAAUUUUACAUUACUAAGAUGGGGAUGGACUAGCAGCACAUUUGACAAAUGUUUUAGAUGAACAGUCUUUUGCUGUCAUAGAAACAGUGUUACACUUUCUAAAAAUUGUAAAAGUAAAUCACAUUGGUUGAAAAACAAGGAAAUCAGUGGGAAGUGCUGGUGGCCUUGGUAUCUCAGACACAGACUAUGUAACUUUUAACGUGCACAUUUGAAGUCUGGCUGGGGACUUUUGUUGCAUUUUGCUCUGACAUCAUUUUGAGUCUUUCUGUCCCUGUUGAACUUAAGAAAAAAAAGGGUAAUUCCCAUUUUAAGUUUGGCAUAUGUCUCCAACAUGUUAUUUCAUUAACAGGCUGCAUUUUUAGUCUUUAUAAAAAAAACAGUAAGCACAGCAGAGCUUUAACCAAUGUUGAAAGUGAUCUUCACUCUUUUUCUGUCCAGACUAGAGCGAGCGAAGAAACUGCAGGAGCAGAAGGAAAAGGAAAUGUUUGAGAAGCAGCAGCAGCAACAGCAGGAGAUAGCUGCAGGUGAGAGACGAUGACUUAGUCAUGUAGUAAAACUUUGAUCUUUUAGUCCGUCAAUGACUAACGCAGAUCUGUCUUUGUUUUCAGUGACUGCACCCAUUGCAGUAGCUGCUGCUGCUGCUGCGGCAGCUGCUUCAAACCCGGGGCUCAAUGUCGCAGCACUGUUGGCUUCUGGGACACAGGUCACACCUCAGAUUGCUAUGGCAGCACAGAUGGCCGCCCUUCAAGCAAAAACCCUAGCAGAGACCGGCAUUGCUGUGCCCAGCUAUUACAACCCAUCUUCUGUAAAUCCAAUGAAGUUUGCAGAGCAGGAGAAAAAGAGGAAAAUGCUAUGGCAGGGAAAGAAGGAGGGGGUAAGAUUGAAACUUUAAAUUUCUCUGUAUCCACUAGUUUUACUUGUGAUGACUCCUCUUAUAACAUCUAAAAAGUCACAAAAAUGCAAGUCAUAAUCCCACUUUAAAAUUAUAAAAUUGACUAUGAUAGAAUGGUGUUUCAAUGCACAAUGUUUGUAUGAUUCUAAUCACUUCUGUUUAAACUCAAAGGACAAGUCCCAGACAGCUGAGUUGUGGGAGAAGCUGAACUUUGGAAACAAGGACCAAAAUGUUAAAUUUCGCAAACUAAUGGGUAUAAAAGUAAGUCCCACUUUUGUUUCCUCAAUCAGUGCUCUACUUAAGUCCUCAGCAUGAGCUUUUUUUAACUUUCAAAUUUCCUAAAUUAUAUUUCCUUUUGUCUUUGUAGGGGGAUGAGGCAGAGACUUCCAAACCACUAAACGAUGAGGGCAUAAAGACCCUUCAGAAGCAGGAGGAGAUGUUCAGGAACCUUGAUGUUCAAUAUGAAAUGGCUCGUUCUCAGACUCACACCCAGAGAGGAAUGGGCCUUGGUUUUUCCUCCUCCUUCUCACGUGGGAUGGAUUCCAUCUAGAGCCAGACAUCGCUGCCUUUUGCCACUCAUGUUAUUAGUACAGGACCAUGAACUCAUUGCUUGCCUUCAAGCCUGCAUGGAUGUUGCUCUGAAUAUGUAAUUUAUUGACAAACACCUUGCAUACUGGGACAUUUUAAUGUAAAUAGCCAGACACUGAGUUGGCCUCAGUGUUUAAGGGUCUGAACAUCUUUGCAAAAGGAUGCAUCAGAUGGACUUGUUGAUGCUGGUUACAGUUAGACGUGUGUUUGAACAUUAUGGUAGCUUUUUUUAACCUCAAAUAUAUUAAUUUGUGAUUGUUUGAACAUACACUGAAUACGAAGUGGUUCAAGUGAACUGUUUACAUUCAUUCAAUGAAAGUAUCUGAAGUCAGUGUAGAUUAAUCUGAAUCCCCAACUUACCUGCUGAUAUCACCACAGUGGGUUGUAAAUGUGUUGUCUUCAUAAUUGCCACAGAUACAAAUGUGCAGGAUAAGAGGAAUCACAUGUUUCAGAUGUUGUCGAAAAUAAAUUACUUUUGUGUUGAACAAGGUUUUUUUA